AAUAGAAAGAAGAUGUCUGGUCGUGGUAAAGGUGGAAAGGGGCUUGGUAAAGGUGGUGCUAAGCGUCAUCGUAAAGUUCUGCGAGAUAACAUCCAAGGUAUUACGAAGCCAGCUAUCCGCCGUUUGGCUCGUCGCGGUGGUGUGAAGCGAAUUUCCGGCUUGAUUUAUGAAGAGACUCGCGGUGUUCUGAAAGUGUUCUUGGAGAAUGUUAUUCGAGACGCUGUUACUUACACGGAGCAUGCAAAGAGGAAGACCGUCACAGCUAUGGAUGUGGUAUAUGCUUUGAAAAGACAGGGACGUACGUUGUAUGGCUUUGGAGGUUAAGCGAUAAACAAAAGUUGAAGAAAAUUACCCAAAGGCUCUUUUUAGAGCCACUCAAA